AUGAAGGGCAAGUCCACUGUGCAAGAUAAUACACUGUCAUGCUACGAACUUGGCCGGGUUCAGGACGACAAUGGCGGCUUCGAGUUCAUCGGCAAUGCCUUCAAAAUCACAGGAGCGGUUGGUGACAUAGAUGAUCUGAAGAAGGUGUUUUCCAUCAGCUCUGAGCUGCUAUCAGAGACCACAGUAAAAGCGGAGAAGGAUGGGGACUCCAUGGGAUUAGAGGCGCAUCCACGUGCGAGCGGACAAGAAAGUCCACGUACGGGGGACCUGAGUGAGUUCCAUCCGCGGCUGAAAGCAGGGACGAAGAUCGAGGCUGUUGAGGUGUGGUACGAAGAUAAGGAGUACGAAAAGGCCGAGAAAGCCACGGCCUUCAAUUGGUGGAACGUGAACCCCAUUUUCUGCUUGCGGCACAAGUACGGCCUCCUUGAGGAGAAAGUGCCUGAAAGGAGGACGACCCUGUGGCGCGCCGGCAAGAGCCAUUUGCAGCUGGGAGCCCCCGGCUCGCGAACUGUGGACCGCGGCGGCCGCUACACUGGACCCGACCGCGCCGCAACCGCCUCCGAAAAACGGGACCUGGCGGCGCGACAGAUCCAACGAGCCCUGCGGCGCCGGGAGCAGGCGAAAACAGGCCGAUGCAUCAGCGUGGUGGCUCUGUCCGGCGAGGUGAUCUAUGAAGCGGAGCUGAGAGAGGACCUCAGCAUUUACCAGUUGAAGGGUGAGAUCGCCAAUGCGAAAGGGCUCCGGCGGGGGCAGGUGCAGCUGAGCACGGAUCGAAAGCUGGAGGAACAUGUGAAGCUGAAGGAUGUGCCCGAGGAGGACCACAGAAACCUGAAACCUCGUCCACUGGUGUUGACGUUCACCCGGGUCCAGGACGUUUCGGAGAUUCAAUCCAACGCGACGCGCAGGAUCGCGGGGGCCUGGUUCCGGCACCGCAGGGGCUGA